AUAAUGCUUUUUGAGCUCUCCUUUCUUCACCGGGGAUCACUUCAAGUCAGGAAGAUCAUUUUGGGAGCUGGGAGAAGGAUGGAUUGGAAACUGGAAAGGCUGCAUGCCCAGAGACCCAUUAGGGGGUUUCCAUUGAUCAGCCACAAUCAGCAGACCACAGCAUUUAGGCAUCCUGUGACUGGACAGUUUUCUCCAGAAAAUAUUGAAUUUAUUCUUCAGGAGAGGCCGAAUCCGCAUAUGUCAAAGCAAGAAUUUAUGAACCAGAGACCCUCCAGCAUGGUCAGUGAGACGUCCACAAUUGGAACGACAUCUACUCUGGAUAUGAAAUCAGGACCAAGGGUUAUCAAGACUAGCAAAAUUCACAGCUUUGGAAAAAGGGACCAGGCUAUCAGAAGAAAUCCCAAUGUCCCAGUGGUGGUGAGAGGAUGGCUGCACAAACAGGACAGUUCUGGGAUGCGGUUAUGGAAGAGAAGAUGGUUUGUGCUGGCAGAUUUCUGUUUGUUCUACUACAAAGACAGUCGAGAAGAAACUGUCCUGGGGAGCAUCCCACUGCCCGGCUAUGUGAUCUCACCUGUUGGGCCCGAAGAUCGAAUAAACCGCAAGUAUUCUUUUAAGGCUGUCCACAAUGGCAUGCGGGCCCACAUCUACCACAGCACUGGCAUUGACUUCCCACCGGAGCACUCGGGGAUAAGAACAUACUACUUCAGCGCCGACACGAACGAAGAUAUGAACGGCUGGAUCAGAGCCAUGAACCAGGCUGCCCAGCUCCAGUCUCGUGCAACCCUGAAGCGGGAUGCCGAGAGGACAGAGCGGCAAGCUGUCCCACAAGCCAACCAUACAGACCCCUGUCAAGAGUGUGGCCGCCUGGGCCCUGGACAUACCAGGGACUGCUCCCAGCGAGCCCCCAAUGAUGCCUUUGGCUUUGACAGGCCUGAGCAAGACGAUGAGGAACGCUACGGCUUCCAAAGGGACCCUCUGGAGGGGAAGCGGGAGAGGGGGAAGUCCAAGUCCCCCUACCCAGCCGCUGAGGCAGACUUUGCGGACUUACCCAGUGGUCCCAGGGCUCAGUCAGCCCAGCCUCAGCCAAUGGAGAGGAACGGCCUGGUUCCUGGUUCCUUUGGUGGGGGUUCUGGGCUUGGGGAGCAGAAUGGUACUGGUGGGUAUAAGAGGGUAAUCCAUCCCCGAACCAACCCCGAAAAACAUGCCCAGAGGAGGAGUAACAUGGCGCAGGUGGAGAACUGGGUGAAGGUACAGAAAGGAGACGGCAAAAGCCUUGUCUCAGACCAGAUACGAUUCCUCCAGCAGGGUCCUGGCCAAUCCCUGUCUUUCUCAGAGAACUACCAGACCUUGCCCAAGAACACCCGCCAUUCCUCGGGCAGUUCCCCACCUCCACUCCGCAACUUACCUAGUGAUUACAAAUAUGCGCAGGACCGAGCCAGCCACCUAAAGAUGUCCAAUGAGGAGCGCCGGGCGCAUCGGGAUGGCACUGUAUGGCAACUGUAUGAAUGGCAACAGAGGCAGCAGUUCAAACAUGGGAACCCUACGGCCCCCAUCUAUGCAGGUUCCCCAGAGUUUACUGAUCAAGGCCGGAGCAAGAGCAUGCUGGAGGUGCCUCGAUCGAUCUCUGUGCCGCCCUCUCCAUCAGACAUCCCUCCCCUAGGCCCUCCCCGGCUCUUUCCAACACGGAGACCCCACACGCCAGCCGAACGGGUCACUGUAAAACCUCUGGAACAGAGGAGAAGUGUGGACAUUUCCCUAGGGGGAUCCCCCAGGAAGGUCCGGGGCCACCACACUCUUAAGAACUCCUCCCAUGUGGACAGACGCUCCAUGCCGUCCAUGGGGUAUAUGACACACACAGUUAGUGCUCCCAGUUUACAUGGAAAGUCGCCUGAAGAGUUAACAUUACUUCUCAUUCGAUUAAGGAGACAUCAGGCUAAGUUGGCUAGUGUGCGAAAUUACACAAUCGCCCAAUUACUGCAACAUGAGCCAACAAUUCCCACCUACCAGGCUGAUGACACCUACCUUCAGCUGAAGAAAGAUCUGGAGUAUCUGGACCUAAAGAUGACCCGUGACACUCUCAAGGACAGAAGUCUGAAGCCUGUGAAAGUAGCUGAGAGUGAUAUUGAUGUAAAAUUAAGCAUCCUAUGUGAACAAGACAGGGUCCUGCAGGACUUAGAAGACAAGAUAAGGGCCCUCAAGGAGAACAAGGACCAGCUAGAGUCGGUCCUGGAGGUUUUGCACAGACAGAUGGAGCAAUAUAAAGACCAGCCCCAGCAUUCGGAAAAGAUUUCUUACCAACAAAGGCUUUUGCAGGAAGACCUCGUUCACAUACGGGCAGAGAUAUCCAAGCUUUCAACAGAAAUGGAAAAUGCCUGGAAUGAAUACCUGAAGCUGGAGAACGACGUCAGUCAGCUGAAACAAACCCUACAGAGGCAGAGUCGCCGAUCCUUCUUUCUGCCUCAGGAGAGAGGUCAGAUACAGAAGGAUCUUUGGAGGAUUGAAGAUGUCACUGCUGGCCUGAGCACAAAUAAAGCAAACUUCAAAAUCUUAGUGGAGUCCUUCAAGAAUCCAGAAAGAAAAACUGUGCCUUUGUUCCCUCACACGCCUGUGCCUUCAGUCCUCAAAUCUCUCAGUACUUCGGAGAGCAAACGAGUCCCUCAGACGAGUCCCCCGAACAGCCCUCCGUGGACCAGCCCUGCAAAGACCCCCCUGGAGGUCCGCCUCUUUCCGCAGCUGCAGACCUAUGUGCCCUACAGAACCCAUCCGCUGCAGCUGAAGAAAGUGACCUCUCCCGUCCAGUCCCCUACAAAGCUGUCGCCAAAGGCUGAAGAUGAGGCCCCUCCCCGACCCCCCCUUCCCGAGCAAUACAGCCCCGAAGACCCUCCUCCCGCCGUGCCUCCUCUUCCUCGGGAAGCCACCAUUAUCCGUCACACCUCCGUGAGGGGCCUCAAGCGGCAGUCGGACGAGAGGAAGCGAGACCGGGAGCUGGGGCAGUGUGUGAACGGCGACUCCAAGGUUGAGCUCCGUUCAUAUAUGAGCGAGCCGGAGCUGGCAUCCCUCAGCGGUGACGGGAACCAGCCCUCCCUUGGAUUUGUGGGCCCCGAUAGUGGCUACCAGACGUUACCUGGGAGAGGUUUUUCCGGCUCCACAUCCAGGCUCCAGCAGUCAUCCACCAUUCCUUCCUACGUUACACUCAGGAGGGGAUUAAAUGCCGAUGGCUCAAAGAGACCCAAGAGUGCCUUGGAACGCCUAUAUUCUGGAGACCACUUGAGGGGCAAAAUGAGCGCUGAGGAGCAGCUGGAGAGAAUGAAGCGUCACCAGAAGGCCCUUGUCCGGGAGCGGAAGAGAACGCUGAGCCAAGGCGAGAAGCAGAGCAUGUCCUCAUCCCACGCCUUCAGCCGUCCCAGCCCCGGAGACCUUGGCUCAUGGAAGCGAGAACAGGACUUUGAUUUGCAGUUACUUGAGAGAGCCAUGCAAGGAGGGGAGAAAGAUGAGGACGGAUGGCUGAAAGUGCGGGCUACCCCCGUGACUGAGAUGGACCUAGAACCUCAAGAUUAUGACAUAGACAUCAACAGAGAGCUGUCCAAGCCAGACAAGGUGUCCAUUCCCGAGCGCUAUGUGGACUUGGAACCCGAGGAACCGCUCAGCCUGGAAGAGUUAGAGGCGAGGUUCCGCAAAGCUGAGAAGAUCCGCAACCUCCUCACCCGCUCGAGCAUGCACACUCUCCAGCCUCUGACCGCCCAGGACAAACAUCGCUCAGCCGACCUGGACUCCCAGCUCCAAGAACAAGAGCGCAUCUUCCACAUCUCCCACACUCUGGCUUCGGAAGCCUCCCAGCGUAGCAAGCAGGUGGCAGCUCAACAGUCAGCCUUGCUGUCCAAGGGCCUCCCCUCACCUUCUGUACCACAGCCCCCCUUAAGCAAUGGAUUUCACUACACGUUUGUCUAAGCACCUUCCAACCCAAGCAGUAAGCGACCAGUGAACCACGUCCUGGAGACGGGAGCCGCAGCAGCCGGAGCCCUUGGAGAAGAUCCCUCGUUUUCCCCCAAGUAAAUUCCAAGAACCUAGGGAGAGGGGGGAGAGACCCCCCAUCCUGUAGGCUAGUUACACACACCCCACUUUUGGUUUAGUUCUGACUUUUAUAUAUGUAUAAAAAGGCACUUUUAAUACAUGCUGUAAAAUCCUGACACUGUAUUUUAGAAACUAUAUUUUUUAACAAUCUCAAGGGCUGAGUGGAUGGAAAGGUAUUUAUCUAGCUGUGGUGGGGUUCGGGGGGGGGGCACACACACAGGUUCAGGUACACAUUGGGAGGGGGUGGGUGAGAAUCCGAAACCAUCCCUGAGGCUCAAGAAGCUUCAGUUAUGCUGGAGAUAAACCCGAGAGGAGCUGAGCCGGAGGAUGUCCUUCUGGGAGCCGGAGCCAAGAGACGGCAGGAUUCUGCCGGGAGGAGCGAGCUGCCCAUCCCUCCCGCUGUCUCCCUGCAGACAAGGAUUCACAUCCUGCCUUCAAGGUCACUUAUGCCGAGCAGCCGGUAUCUUUAGCAGGAGCUCCAGACUCCAGCUACGUCUUGGUCAAAGGUUCUGACCAGCUGGGCUCCUCUUGGCAAGAUACACACUCGCAGAGUAUGUACCUUUAGAAGGAAUUGGGUCUUCUACCAAAAUUAAAAAAAAAAAAAUCAUGAAAUGAAUGAAUAAAAUUUGGAAAUAGCAAAUGGAAAGCAGCAGCAAUUCAGGUCGUAUAGUAAGCAAUAACUGUAUCCAGGGGGUGCUUGAUCAAUGCAUCUGGAAAUUUUAUUCAAUUGUUUUCAAAUGCAAGACAUGGCGCGCUGGAGGGGCAAGUCUAGAAGGGCCUUUGAUGUCCUGCCGGUGGCCCUGUGCUUCUGGGGACCUCGACCUUCACCAGCCCCUCCUUGUUGGCUGAUUGUCUCGGACCAGUCGCCAAAGGUGGGCAGCUGGACUCCCGAGAAUUGUGGUAGUACAUUGUAGAAGGAAAACAUUUUCCUGCAGAAACGUGGUUUCCUACAGAAAUGAAAGGCAGAGUGACACAAAAGGACUUUGAAACAGCUCAUCGAGAUGUUUGCAGUGUUUUGCAAGACUUUUAACGUGUUCCAGUUAUGUUUUCCUGCAUUGAAAAAGAAAAAAAGUUUUAAAAAAAAUCUAGUGAGUGGAACGACAAGUUGCUAAUUAAUAUAAAAAUUCCUAUUGUUUUUUUUUUGACUCUAUUCAGAAAAAAAAUUAUUCUUGAAGGUAUUUAGAAGACACAGUCUAUUUUUAACUCACUCCAGUUACUGCCAGUGUCAACUUCAUAACACUUGCCAAAAUGAAAUGGUUUUAUUUUUGCCUUUAUAAAAAAUUUUGUUGGAAAAAAAAAGGAAAUGAAUAUUUUGCAAGAAAAAGUUAAUUUAAAUAAAAGUGUAAUGGUUUGCAAAAAAAAAAAAUAUGUACAGAUUAAAAUAUUAACCAGA